UUCUCCUUUUUUCGUCUACCUCCUCUUCCGCAGCUCCGCACCCUCAGACUCGCCGCCGUUUUGCCCUAAUUGAUGCUAUCUGUCUGGCGUAUCAAAUCUUUUUCCAUCCGGGUUUGGAAUUCCUUGCAUUUGAAAUGAAGACAUCUUCAUUUUUAGACACCAUGCUUUCCCAUCUUCGAGAAACCAGCAGAUACUAUACUGGGUAUCCGAAAGAAUUUGGACCGUCAAGAAUCAUUCAUUUUACAUCUGAGCGUCAAUUUAUUCAGCUUCUGCAUGAAGGCCAUCCUGUUGUUGUUGCAUUUACUAUUAAGUGUCCAUACACGAAGCAUUUUGAUACCGUAUUGGAGGAAGCUGCUGCAGAGUUUUAUCCAACUAUAAGAUUCGUGCGAGUUGAAUGCCCCAAAUAUCCAGGAUUUUGUAUAGCAAGGCAGAGAAAAGAUUAUCCGUUCAUUGAAAUUUUUCACACUCCAGAAGAGGUAGCUAAUCAGCCAAAAGUUUCAGAUACCAGCAUAACCAAAUAUUCCGUCAAGGUUCUUCUUUUUAAUCAUGACGUUAGCCCAUAUGGAUUUCGGGAAUUUUUCAAGAAGCACGGAAUGCUAUCUUCAAACAACAGAUGAAGUGGUUUCUAGUUCAUGUGAAGAAUAGUGAAGCUGGGCAUUUUGCCGGAUUGGGAAACAAACAAAGUCCUCUUAAUUUUCGGUAGCACUUUGAUUUCUAUGAACUGCAAACAGGUGGGCAUUUUCAAUUUGAUU